CGGAGGAACUUCCCUCCCACUGCGUUCAUCGCCACAGCUUGUCACAGGGCUGAAAAAAAAGACUGCUUUUCUGCAGGCACACAAAGGGCGUGGAAGAAGCAGCAAGAAUGGGCAUCAAGCUGUACUACACUACAGUCACUGCCUCACGGACGGUGAAGUCUCAGCAGGCAGAAAUGAUGAGGAUCCUGGACAGUAAAAGCAUCCAGUACGAGCUCAUCGACAUCUCGCAGGACGAGCAGCUGCGUAAUGAAAUGAGAAACAAAGCGGGAGAUCCCAAAGCUGGCCCUCCCCUGCUUUUCAAUGAAGAGCAGUACUGCGGGAACUAUGAGAUGUUCUCUGAGGCCGUUGAAGAAAACUCAGUGGAACAGUUUCUGAAAAUGGCAUGAGUGCCUGAGGUCGGCUGUAAUUCUUCACCUUAACCACAGCUGGCUCUCCAACCACCCACUUCUGCCCUGAUGGCUGCCCUGUCUCCACUCUCUUCGCACCAAUGACCACGUCCAUCCACAUUCAAUGCCACAAUGAAGAAUGCCAAAUAUCUCCAAUUUAACAAAUCUGAUGACACCCCCUCUCACCCCUCACUGCACCAAGUUUAAUUGUAGAUUUAAUUGUAGUCUUAAUAAUUUUACUUUACUAUAUUUGUUCUUUUUUUUUUUUUUUAAUAUCUUAUAUACUUCUUCCUGUGUGACAGAUCAGUGUUAAUGAUUCUUGUAGUCCGUGUACAAAUCAAACCAGUGUGUAUAAUUGGCGGAAAUUAUUAUAGGCUAAUGUUGGUCGCAUCCAAACGUUAUCUGGAGAUUAGGAUUGAUAAACGAGAUGAUAACAUUCAAAUCUGCAUCUUCCUAAUACCUGGCAGAGCAAGUACACACCGUCGCUCAGUCUUAAGUACAUUGUUUUUCCGAAGCCUUCAAGUUCCCAUGUUGUACACAGGUGUGUUCUCCAAACCGAGAUAAACACAGAUAAACACAGACGUAGCGAGGAGACGGAUGUCUACUACAAUGCUAAUGACGACACAAAGCAGCUGAAUGGAACGAGUUUAUUUGACUAAACUGGUCAAACAUUUGAGUCGUUAGCCGGUUAACGUUAGCGUCCGCUUAUAAACCAUGAACGUGCUCCUAAUAUUCCAUGUGGUGCCAUUGUCAGGGAUGCACUUUUGCUGCUAGAUGUUCACAGCAGGACCAGUACUUACUUGAUACUUUGUGUUUUUAUUUUUCAAAUAUAUGACUGUACAUCUAAGCUACAUUUCAUGACAAGCUGACAAAAGCAGACAGACACAUUCCAAACAUUUCACAGGUGCAAGUGCAAAUGACUGAACUGAAAAAAAAAAAAAAACCUGGGUUACCUACUUACAGUUUUUUCCAGAUAUUCCUUUUUCUGUAACUGUUUUUUUUUUUUUUUUUUGACUAUGCACAAUAACCUUGCCUCCAUGUGAUUAAAGCUGCGUUUAGGUUGACCUGACUCAGUCUUACAAUCUACGCCUUAGGGAGCAAAUAACACAUGGGAAGAAUGAAGGCUUUACUUUUCUGUUCUUAUGAUGUACACGUGUUCUGUGUUCAUCAAUCUGAUUAAUCUCAGUUGAAAUGUAUUUUUUUUUUUGUUUUUGUUUUGGUCUUUUACUUGAUCUUCUCCCCCUCGUGCUUUCGUGUUCAUGUUGUUACACGUCGGGAGCCCCACUAAUGACUGGCUUCGCUCACAACGUCUGCACUGUUUUGUAAGGUUGUGAAUGUGAUUGAACCAUGUUUUAAACAUUCCAUGUGUCUCUUUCUCUCUCUCUCUCUCCCUCUCUCUCUCUCUUACUCUCUGAGCUCCUGCUUUGCUUUUGUACCAAUUCCCCUUGGCCAAAAAAAAAGAACAAAAUAGGGAAUAAAAUGCUGUUGUCUUCCAAGAAGAUUGUGAAAAGUGAUUCAUGGAUUGAAGGAAAUAAAAGAAAUCUACCUGUCA